AGAGUCGCCCAACCUGGAGUCUCGCGCCAUGCAAUCCACACGGGUUGAUAUUAAUAUGAUGCCUGGCGCGCCGAGCUGGCAGACCCCGUGGUGGGCGAGGGCGAGUUGGCGACUGAGCAGGCAGGCCGGCCUAAGCGUGUGUGUACUUGACAAUCCGCCGAUUUAGAUUGAGCUUGAGGUGAUGAAGGAUGCCCAGUGGCUGGAAGGGUUUAUCCGCCACGUCCUGAAUGGUGGGCUUCAUUAGCCAGAACAUGGAGAGCGUACUGUACCGGCGCAACAGACUGGCCUCGCUGACACAGGGCCGAGUAGUCGGACAGCCUUGGCCCAGCGUGCGUGUCGACCUGCCGUCGCGGCGCGCACCACGUAACAUAACACGCAAAACAACACCUGUGGCAUGUUCCACGUUCAGAACAUGGGCGCCAUUUGGUUGGUCAAGAGCGGCCAAACAUUGCGGAAGGUCCCGGUCCCGCACUAUGACGGAAGCACACAAUUACACGGCAGCGACAUUUGUCCAAGUCACGCUGAUGGUGCUGGUGAUGGUGGUUGUGGUUGUGUUUGGCCCAGGUAGGUUCCACUCGGAAGGCCGGAUCUCCAGCCAGCGGACAUUGGAUGGUCUCCGUCUGAUGCUCGGCCGUGUGUCAAACGCGCAGAGGAGAGCAAAUUUCGGCCCACUCACGCCGGCGACGACGGGAGCUACCAUUUUCAUCGACCCGUCGCAUGAGCUGCUGAAUGUGGGAAAAUGCGGGAAAAGGAGAAAGAGAGGCAGCAGACCCAUGCGUUCUGCCCGGAAGAGACUGAUCGCCCGGGGAUACCUGAUCAGUGCGAUUGAGAAACAGCUCGGCCAACUGGCAAAACUCGGAAAACGGAUCGAAUCGCAUAGCGAAAGACGGGCAGCGGCCGGCGCUAUCCACACAGCGGCGCUGUCGCCAACCUGCGUCUCUCUCAGUCUAGACUUGGGCAUACGGAAUAGAUAGGCAGACGCCCAGCGACAGGCACUUGGUGACAGCCCGCCGAGGUGUGCGGUACGGAGUACUAAAUGAGAAGCUGGCACAUAUGCUUCAAGUAGACGCCGGGCGGCGGCGAGACCAGAUGAUAGUACACCAUCCAAUGGGC